AUGGCUGACGUGGACCACGACGGCAGCCACGAUGACGAACCUUCGAAGAACCUUCCGCCGCAGGGCGAGGAGAUGAAGCUGUACACGGAGGCGUCCGCGUUUGAGGGCGCCGCGAUAGUGGCGAUGAUUCAGCGGCUCGACGAGGAGGCCGGAACGGAGCAGAAGAUCCUUCAAAUAACCAUGGAGGACGGAAUCACGCUCUCCGUCGAAUUGGAUCCCGCAGAGAAACGCCUGAACGAGCUGGGUUACCGACAGGAGCUCCGCCGCUCGCUGCGUUUCCUCGGCCUCUACGCAGUGGGAGUGUCUUUCAUGACUGUCUUCGCUGGCUUCGUCCCCACCUAUGCUCAGGGCUUCAUCAACGGCGGCCCAGCAGGGCUCAUCUGGUACUGGUGGAUCACAGCCCUCUUCGUACACCUUAUAGGCCUCUCCAUGGCCGAGAUAGCAUCCUCGUUCCCGACAGCUGGCUCACUCUAUUUCUGGGCGGCAGCACUGGCAGGGCCGAAGUGGGGCCCACUGGCCUCAUUCAUCACGGGGUGGAUGGAGUUUCUGGGCCUGGCUGUGUGUGGGGCCAACGUCUCGUAUGGUGGCUCCGUUAUUCUGCAAGUGCUCAUCCUCAUAUCCACUGGUACACUCACCCGCAUUGCUGGACUCAACAUGUUUUUUGUUUUUUAUGUUGCAUGGAUGAGAUGA